AUGUCGCUCGUUAAGGAGAUCAACGUUGAUCCCAAUGGCGGAGAUUCGAAGAACCCCCACAACGAAGCUGGCCCACUGGACGAGCCUGUGAAUCUGCUAGGUCAAGGCAGUCCGGGUGUUCGUCGUAUCGAAAUUAUUACAUCGCAUUUCCGAUUGAUCGAUCGGGUCUGUCUGUUUUUCGCUAUCUUUCUGAUCGCCUAUGUAUACGGCUUGGAUGGCACUGUUCGUUAUACAUAUCAGCCGUAUGCUACCCAGAGCUAUGGUAAGCACAGUCUUCUUGCAACUAUCAAUGUUCUCCGAGCCGUCAUCGCUGCUGCUGCACAGCCUACUGCGGCAAAGGUUGCAGACGUAUUCGGCAGAGUGGAGCUCAUUCUCGUCUCGAUCCUCUUUUAUACCGUGGGCACUAUUGUGGAAGCAACCGCAAAGAGUAUGGAAGGUUUCGCUGCGGGGGCUGUUAUCUAUCAGAUCGGAUACACCAGUAUUAUGCUUCUGGUUGAAGUCCUAGUCGCCGAUGUUACUUCUAGCCGAUCUCGUCUCCUUUUCUCAUAUGUUCCGGCCUUGCCAUUUAUCAUAAACACUUGGAUUAGCGGUAACUUGACUACUGCCGUCCUCAAAGUCACCACAUGGCAAUGGGGAAUCGGCAUGUUUGCUAUCAUCUAUCCCGCAUGUGCUCUCCCUCUUAUUGCAGUCCUUUUCGUCGUUCAGCGACGCGCGAAGAAGUCUGGGUCACUGGAAUCUUACAAGAGCUCUCUUCAGAUCAUGGGAAAAAGUCAACUAGCUAUAGAACUAUUCUGGCAUCUGGACAUCGUCGGCAACAUUCUGCUAAUUGCCAUGCUGGCGUGUAUUCUUGUUCCGUUCACUCUCGCUGGAGGUGUCACUCAGCAGUGGAAGACAGCAAAGGUUAUUGCGCCACUUGUCAUUGGCGUUUUGCUGAUCCCGGUCUGGAUUUUCUGGGAGAAAACCUGUAAACACCCGAUGCUGCCAUUCAAUCUUCUCAAGGACCGUGCUGUCUGGGGUGCCCUUGGAAUCCCUGUCAUGCUCAACACCGCGUGGUAUCUGCAAGGUGAUUUCUUAUACACCGUGCUAUACGUUAGCUUCGACGAAUCAGUUCUCAGUGCGACUCGGAUCACAUCUCUCUACAGUUUUGUUUCGGUUAUCACCGGUGUUAUUCUGGGCCUCAUCGUCAUGAAGGUGCGCCAAUUGAAGCCCUUCAUCGUCGCCGGAACCCUCCUCUUCAUGGUUGCGUUCGGAAUCCUCAUCUAUUUCCGAGGUGGCGUUUCGGACUCCAGUCAUUCCGGUGUCAUCGGUGCGCAAAUUCUGUUAGGUAUUGCUGGUGGAAUGUUCCCCUACCCAGCCCAAGCCAGCAUCCAGGUUGCGUCUAAGCAUGAACAUCUCGCCGUUAUAACUGGUAUCUAUCUGGCCGCCUACAACAUCGGUAGCGCACUAGGAAACACAAUCUCCGGCGCGAUCUGGAACCAAGUGUUGCCCUCCGAACUAAAUCAUAGGAUUGGCAACCAAACCCUGGCUGCCUAUGUCUACGCCAAGCCUCUUGAUUUUGCCGACGCCUACCCUGUUGGUACACCUGACCGAGACAAUGCCAUUCUCGCCUAUCAGAAGACGCAGCGUCUACUGUGUAUCACGGGUAUCUGCUUGACAGUCCCCUUGAUUGCCUUCGCUCUUGUUAUUCGUAACCCCACACUCACGAAAGAGCAGAGUCUUGCCAAGGCGGAAGAGGAGAGCAGUGAUUCUGAUUUUUCUCCUCGGUGA